AUGGACGCUACGAAUAAAGAAGGCCAAAUUACUGCAGCUAAACCAAUCAAAUCUAACACAUAUACAUACGGUUACGACGAUUAUUCAGCUAUGACGGGAACUGCUUGGGAUCCACUUCGUUCUGCUGAUUGGGAUAUGCAAGCACCAACUUUGACAUGCAUAGGACGAAUAAAAAACGAUAUUUCAUCGAUGAUUCGAGAUCCUGCGCCAGGAAUCUUUAUUUCUCCCGAUCCUAUGAAUCUUACCAUAAUUCAUGCACUAAUUACUGGUCCAAGUGACACACCAUACGAAGGCGGAUUUUUCUAUUUUACUGUCCGUUGUCCACCCGAUUAUCCGAUCCGAUCACCGCGUUGUCGUCUGAUGACAACUGGAAACAACACUGUUCGUUUCAAUCCCAAUCUUUACGCCAAUGGUAAAGUUUGUCUUUCAAUUCUUGGUACCUGGACUGGUCCUGCAUGGUCUCCUGCCCAAUGUCUUUUAUCUGUUCUGAUCUCCAUCCAAUCACUAAUGUCAGAAAAUCCAUAUCAUAAUGAACCGGGCUAUGAAAAGAAUUUAAGGAGCGACAAGAUGGACAUUCGAAAGCUUAUAAUGAAAUAA